AUGGAGAUUCAUUCAAUGUUUGAGCAAUUCUUCCCCAAAAGCGACACUUCGCAUUCCGAUUUAAUUGCUCUAAUGGGUUUUAUAGCCACCGUCUUGAUUUGCACAGUCUUACUGUGCAUGAUUGCCCUGUCAACCAUCUUCCUCAUUGUUUACAUGACAUUUAACUACAUCAUUAAACCUCUGUGUUUGCACGAUGAGUUUGAUGAUCUUGAACUCGGAGUAAUGUAUGAUCGAGAUAGGUUUAUGUAUAACUAUAGUUUGGAGUAUUGGAAUGAAGAGAUACUGGACGAGAUUCAAAGGUUUAGAAAGGAUAAAAUAGCACGAACGCAGUUUAUCGACAAUUUGUUGCCGUCUGUAGAAUACAAAGAAGCAGAAGAAGAAGAAGAAGAAAAUGGAGAUGAAGAAAUGAUAUUGAGAUAUGGUGAUUGUGCAAUUUGUUUGGAGGAUUACGUUGAAGGAGAUUGUUGCAGAAUAUUUCCCAAGUGUAAACAUAUGUUUCAUUCAGAUUGUAUUGAUGAUUGGUUGGAGAAGAACUUGACAUGCCCAAUUUGUCGUCGAUACGUUUUUGGCGCAUAA